CGCAGUUUGUGGUUGGCAAACAGAGAGUUCACUGGUCGUAAGAUUGGCCAUUGUAGCUCUAGUUUCCAGCCACAACGGGUGUCGAUAAUCGACCAAGCCUUUGUAGCCAUCAUCAAUGCUCCAUCAAGAUAUCCCCCGCUAUCUGCACCUCGGCUUGCCAGGUUGGUGACCGUUGACGGUUGGUCUGACUGUCAGCUAUAGCCUUAUAGGUGCUGCCCCAGUUAACAUGGCGUGUUAUGAUUGUUUUAGCGUCCCCUAAGGGUUCUCUGGUGAUAACAGCCGAUUCCUCCAGCUAUAACCCCAAUCCUUUCUCUUUUUCGCAGUCCCUCGUAUUCCGAAAGAGAGCUGGGUGGCAAUUCUGCGACGGACACGUUAAGGGUCAGUCCGCAACAAUGCUUUCCUUAGCCUGGACCGCAGCCGCUGCCUUGGUGGGCUAUCUCAUCUGCGGAACAGUUUACCGUUUGUAUUUCCAUCCGCUGGCCCGCUUCCCAGGUCCCAAGCUUGCUGCAUUGACGCGAUGGUACGAAUUCUACUAUGAUGUGAUCAAACCAGGCCAAUUCAUAUGGGAAAUUGAGCGUAUGCAUAAAAGAUAUGGCCCAAUCGUGCGGAUCACUCCAGAGGAAAUCCAUAUCAAGGACCCGGACUUCUAUGAUGAAAUAUACGCACCUGCUUCCAAGCAGCGAGAUAAAUAUGGGAACUGGACGAUAGGCGCGGGCGCACCGGCAUCGACCUUUGCUACCGUCUCCCACAACCAUCAUCGCCUCAGACGAUCGGCCAUCAACCCCUUCUUUUCGAAACGUGCUGUAUCCAAUGCCGAGAAACUCAUUUGGGAGAAGAUCGAGAUCAUAUGCCAGCGAUUGGCGGCCGCUUGCCAGAGUAAGCAAGUGCUGCGACUCGAUGCCGCUUACAUGGCCUUAACGAUGGAUAUAAUCACCGACUACGCUUAUGGAGAAAGCUACAACUAUCUUUACGAAGAUGAUUUCAAGCUCGAAUGGAAAGAUACGGUCAUUGGGGGGUCAGCUAGCGGUGCAUUGAUCCGACAAUUCCCCUGGGCGUUUCCCGUCAUGAAGUCUCUCCCCAUGCCGAUUCUGAGCAAGGCUGCUCCCGAGGCUGCUUUAUUGUUGCAAUGGCAACAAAUGGUCCGUCGACAGGUGGACUCAAUUAUUGCCAAUAACCGUGAAGGGAAGAAGGCCCCUGGGACGAUCUUCCAAGCUUUGCUAGACAGCGACCUGCCGCCGGUGGAAAAGGAAGCAGACCGUCUGCAGGAUGAGGCGCAGACCAUGGUUGGUGCUGGAAGCGAAACAACCGCGAAGACAUUGACAAUCGUCACCUUCUAUCUGCUCCAGGACAAGAAGAAGCUUCAAAGAUUGCGAGAUGAAUUAUCCACGAUUCCAAUGCAGCCAGGACCAGACGAAGAACUCCUGACACAGCUGGACCAACUUCCAUAUCUGAAUGCAGUGAUCAGUGAAGGUCUCCGUCUCAUGCAUGGUGUCACGACUCGCCUUCCACGAGUCGCCCAUGAAGUCAUCAAGUACAAGGAAUGGCAAAUUCCGCCAAACACACCGGUCAGUCAAUGCAACUAUUUCGUCCAUAUGGAUCCGACCAUCUUCCCCAACCCGUUCGAAUUCCAACCCGAGCGUUGGAUCGAAGCGAAGGACAAAGGUAACCGACUGGAGAAGUAUAUGGUUUCCUUCUCCAGAGGCAGUCGCCAGUGCGUCGGGAUCAACCUCGCAUAUGCUGAGAUGCGCUUAACCCUCGCAACCAUAUUGCGCCGAUUCGAGCUUGAGAACUAUGAGACCACCGUUGAAGACGUCCGCAUCGCACGAGACUACUUUGUCGGUGUCCCAGAACCGGGAUCGCAGGGCGUCAAGGCUGUUGUAACAGAGGUGUUGUGAUGAGAACACGUAAGCAAAGUAUCUAACUAAUUGCCGUAAUCGAAAAGCAAAUGACCUCUUUCCUCGAAUUUCAUUUUAACGAGCCUAUCAUAGCAAAGGGUUCUUACACGAAGACCGGUGUAGGCAUCACUCGAUACUACCACUAACCUUGCAUUGAGGGUGUUGUAGAUCUUUUCGGGGUCGCAAACCUUCUGCUACAUAACUAUGGCCCGUUCGUUACUCAGGAGUCAGUGCUUAGUUACCAGUACAGAGUUGGGUCAGCAGAGUAAUCAGUGCUCGUCCUGUAUCUAGAUAAGGAUCGUCUGCGCUGCCCAAGGCUUGGUCACGAUGUCGAUCAUUACUAGAUAAUGAAAUCGCAGCGACAGAUAUGGUCAGUCAAUCGCGGU